AUGCACCAGCAGGUGGCCGGCGAGCAGCCCUCCCCGUCUCCCGCCGCCCGCCGGCAGAAGCAGAAGCCCAGCUCGGGCCUCCUCUCCAGCUUCACCUCCGUCUGGUUCUCCGACAACACACCCGACGAGCCCUCCGCGGAGGACCUGGAAGCGGAGAAGGAGACCGUGCAGUGCAUCAACCAAUGCAACCUGCGCGCCAUCAUCCUCGACACCAAGAACCUGCAGGCGGAUUCGCUGAUCUACCUGCUCAAGGCCCUCAUCCUGGCCUCGGUGCGUCCCAAGGAGAAGGAGGCCGUGCCCUUCGACGAAAAGCUGGCCAUCUUCUGCCUGGACCUGGUGACGGCCAUCACCUACCUCAACCAGGAGCGGAUCAUCUUCCUCUGGGUGCUGGUCUACGAACACUUCGCGGGCCUCCUGGGCGGCGCCACCUCCGCCACGUUCCUCACCGAGCGCGCCGUGUCCAACCUCCUCUUCCUCUGCCAAAAGUUGGGAGGGUCGGACUUUGGGGAGCAGCUCAUCAAGUCGCUGCAGCUGCUGCUCAAGCUCAACCCCGCUGUCACCGCGUCGCUGGCCGACCUCAUCACGACCGGCACCAGCCGCAUCCUCCACGCCCACCCUCGCCUCCUCAGGUCGCCGGUGGCGUGGCCCACGCUGCUGUCGCUGAUCCGGUUCUCGACGGACUACCCGAACAGCUCCAUCGUGGCCUUCAAGGCCCUCAACGGCCUCAUCCUCGCCGACAAGGCCCUUGCCCCGGAGCAGCGGCUCAUCAUCACCGACAACUUCUUCUCCGUGUUCAACACCAUCAAGGCCUUCGCCCGCAGCAAGGCCUGCCCGCCCUCGCUGGCGAUUGAGGCGAUGGAGUGCCUCUACAGCCUCUUCUGCCGCCUUCCGGACGUGGUGGAGCUCGUGCCCAUGGCCACCAUCCACGAGGAGAGCAAACACACCGGCGCCACGCCGCCCCCCGCCAACGAGGCCGAAGCCCGCGCUCUGUGGGGCUGGAGCCGAUACUGGGUGCCCGCCUUGCAGGACGUGGGCGAGAUCUGCAAGGAACCUCGCCUCGAGGUGCGCCACUACGCGAUCGUGAUACUGCAGCGCGCCCUGCUGUCGCCGGCCCUGGCACGCGCGCCCCCGCAGGCCUGCUUUUCCUGCUUCCACCAGGCACGCCCCCUUUCCUCCGCCUCCGCACGUGAGCGGGAGGGCCUGACGACGGGUGGGCGGGCGGUGAUAUUCCCGCUGCUCAAGGAGCUGCUGGUCCCGCGCCCGACGGCCCGCGCCGAAGCGGCCGCACUCGAGGAGACCCGGCAGCGCGCGUCGGCCCUCGCCUCCAAGAUAUUCUUGCAGUACAUGAGCAACAUCAUGGGCAGCGAUGGCUUCGAGGACCUCUGGAUGCUGCUCCUGGACUACACGGAGCAGUACAUGAAUACCAACUCGGAGCUGCUGGCCGAAGCCGUGACUGAGUCGCUCAAGAACACGCUGCUGGUCAUGUCCGCCUCCAACGUCCUCCAGCCUUCCCAGGGCCACGGGCAGCAGCAGCAGCAGCAGGAGGAGGGCAUCUGGGAGAAGACCUGGCGCAAGAUCGACGCCUUCUGCCCCAGCGUCAAGCACGAGUUCCACACCGUCCUGGCCAAGACAAAUCCACCACCGGAUGCGGCGCCUGCCUCCACCGCCUCGUCGUCGGUCGGCGAGGUUACCGCGACCCCACAGCAGAGCGCGGAGCACCCGCAACAGCCCUGA